GAGAACAUGAAAGUGUUACUCAGGCUUGUUUGUUUCAUAGCUCUACUGAUUUCUUCUCUGGAAGCUGGUAAAUGUGAGGAACGUAAAGGACCAAUAAUUUUAGUUUCUUCUGCUUAUGAAAUUGCUGUUCGUCCAUGUCCCCUUAACCCAAAUGAAAACAAAGGCACUAUAAGUUGGUAUAAAAAUGACAGCAACACAUCUAUACCUAUGGAAAGAGGCUCCAGGAUCCAUCAGUACAAAGAUAAGCUUUGGUUUGUUCCCGCUAAGGUCGAGGAUUCAGGGAGUUACUAUUGCACAGUGAGAAAUUCAACUUACUGCCUCAAGAUUGAAGUAACUGCAAAGUUUGUACAACAUGAACCUGACUUGUGUUACAGUGCACAAGCUAUAUUCGAACAGAAACUAAUUAUUGCAGGAAAUGGACAACUUGUGUGUCCUUAUUUGGAUUAUUUUAAGGAUGAAAACAAUGAGUUACCCAAAAUAGAGUGGGAUAAGGACUGCAAACCACUACUUCUUGACGAUGCAAACUUCAUUGGAGAAUCAAAUAAACUCAUCAUCAUGAAUGUGACUGAAGCGCAUAAAGGGAACUACACUUGCCGCGCAUCCUACACGAUCCUGGGAAAGCAGUAUCACAUCAGCCGGGUGAUCAAGCUUUUAACUCUUGAGAAGAACAGGCCCCAGAGCCCUGAGAUUGUGAGUCCGGUGAACGAGACGAUGGAAGUGGUCCCGGGAUCCCAGCUGCAGUUGGUAUGCAACGUCACUGGCCGUGUAACUAACUUUGUCUACUGGAAGUGGAACGGGUCACUGAUUGAUGAUGACGACCCGGUGCUAGUGGAAGACUACAUACAAGUGGAAAAUCCUGCAUCCAAAAACAGGAACACAGUCAUCCUAAUGCUUAAUAUUUCAGAAGUGAAAAGUGAAUUUUAUCUAUAUCCAUUUACCUGUGUAGCCAAGAAUAAAUAUGGAAUAAAUGCAGCAUAUAUCCAAUUAAUACACCCAGUCCCCAGUUUCCAGAAGCACCUGAUUGGUAUAUUCGUCAUGUUAACAGUAGUGAUUACCAGCUCUGUUUUCAUCUAUAAAAUCUUCAAGGUUGACAUUGUGCUUUGGUACAGGGAUUCUUGCUAUGAUUUUCUCCCGAAAAAAGAUUCAGACGGAAAAACCUAUGAUGCAUACAUACUGUAUCCAAAGACCCUUGGAGAAGGGUCCACCUCCAAUUCAGAUAUUUUUGUGUUUAAAAUCUUACCUGAGGUCUUAGAAAAACAGUGUGGAUACAAGCUGUUCAUUUAUGGAAGGGAUGACUACGCUGGGGAAGACAUUGUUGAGGUCACAAAUGAAAACAUAAAGAAGAGCAGAAGGCUGAUUAUCAUUUUGGUCCGAGAAACGUCGGGAUUCAGCUGGCUGGGGAGCUCGUCUGAAGAGCACAUCGUGUUGUACAACGCCCUUGUCCAGGAUGGGGUCAAAGUCGUCCUGCUGGAGCUGGAAAAGAUCCAGGACUAUGAGAAAAUGCCCGAGUCCAUCCAGUUCCUCAGGCGGAAGCAGGGGGCCAUCCGCUGGUCAGGGGACUGGACGGCAGAGAGGUCACAGUCUGCAAAGACAAGGUUCUGGAAGAAGGUCCGGUACCACAUGCCUGCCCCAGCCCCUCCAGCCAAGCGCCAACUGCUGUCUGCAGCCCCCAGGCCCGACUCCAGGGAGAGACUGCGAGGGGAGGGCCCCAUGCCUCUCGGGUAGCUGGUGAUGCCUGUCCUGUGGUGCUGGGCUGGGCGGGCCUCGCUGAUAUACAUGCAGAGUGCACUUGCAUGACCCUUUACCCCAGGCCACCUGGAGUCGGAUGGGUAAGGGCAGGAUGGUGACAACAGCAGCCCGGGCAACUCAAAGCAGAGGGGCGGGGAAGGCCUUCCAGAGGCCGCCGCUGCCCUCUGGGUGUGUGAGCUGCCGAGAAAAGGCCCGGGAGAGCCAACAACUGGAAAGAACAUUCAGGAAAUGCAUUUGUGGAGUCACUCGCAGUUCCAGGGGCUGUGCCCAGAUGGGACUGCAGGGCCCCCUGAGUGGCCGGGGCGUGGGAAGACAUUGGAGGACUGGCCACUGGCCUGGCAUUUUUCAUACACAUCUGCAGCCAGCAGCCGUUUCCAAAGACUGAAUUUCAUUGUUUAGACCUUUAAAACUGCCAUUUCAA